AUGGCUGCCGACGCCUGUCCAGUCGACCACAAAAGCCGCGAGGCCUGGCUCGAGCAAGCCCGAGCCGUCGAAGCCUCCAAAGCUGCCGCCGCCGCCGCCUCCCCCUCUACGAAGCAGUGCCCCGUCGACCACACCGCACAAGCACCCUCAUCACAAUCACCAUCAUGGAGCUCGCGUCUCACCUCCCUCCUCUGGUCGUCGUCGUCGCCGCCAACAGCCGCGUCCGAAGCUCCCGCGCAACAGCGUUCCCCCCAUGCCGGCCUCGACACCGAUCGCGUCAUCUCCACCAUCCCGCGCUCAGCCGGCGACCCCUCGGCCUGUCCCGUCGAGCAUGGCGCAUCAGCCAACCCUGCCAAUAACGAGGUCGAGUCGGGCGCCGACGCCGCGUCGGGAAACUGGGUGUACCCCUCGGAGAAGAUGUUCUUUGACGCCAUGAAGCGCAAGGGCUACGACGCGCGCGUCGCGGACAUGAAGACGGUGGUGCCCAUUCACAACGCCGUCAACGAGCGCGCCUGGAAGGAAAUACGAGAAUGGGAGGCUCCGUACCUUGCCAAGUCGCAGUGUGGCGGACCAAAGCUCGAGUCGUUUGCAAACAAAAUGGACCGCAUGACGCCUACCGCGCGCCUCAACACCAUCCUGGGAUUCACAGCCCCGUUUGACCGCCACGACUGGGUCAUUGACCGCUGCGGCACAAAGGUGGAAUAUGUGAUUGACUUUUACGCCGGUCGCCCUGGCGGCUCGACGGCCGGCCCCAGCUUCUACCUCGACGUGCGGCCAAAGCUCAACACCUGGGAAGGGAUUAGGAUGCGUGCCAUGCGCUGGGCGCAUUUAGCCUGA